AUGACAGAAUUAGUGGAAGCUAAGGGAUUUUAUCCCUAUUAUCCUGAACUUCACUAUACUUUGCCUCCUAAAAAGUAUCCAAUCCCUAAUGAUUAUUCCGUAAAAACCACUUGGAAGCAUGCUGAAAAUCAGCAAACAGUCCAGUGCAAGAUCAAGUACAAAAACGGACAACCAGAAUUUCAAAUUUUAUAUGGCACCUUUUUUGAAUUCGAAGUUAAAUCAAAUACAUCAGUCAGCAAAGCUGUAGAAAAUUAUGAGAAGGCCAUAACUAGAAAUUCAAACAAAAAAGGUUCUUUAUCUGGGCCUUUACUAUUCGGAUUACAACUUCAAAAACUUAGAACUGUUAGAGAACUUCAAGCUAGACAACAUAUCAAACCUGCGGAGCAAUAUUCUCAGAAAACUCUUAUAAGGCAUGCAAAAGAAUUUGCAACAAUACUUAAACAAGAAUUUAUUUGA